AUGACCAAGCCAUUUCCAAAUGGAAUGAAUCCAAAUUCCACCAGGGAAUUGAGCAAGCUCCGAUGCCGCCGCAAUACCAUAAGAGCAUCCAUGAAGAAGACAAUCGGCAAUAUCAACGCCAUUUCUGACUCGACGCUGUCCGAUGAAAUCGAACUGUCCCGUGACAUGUUGAACGAAUGGCUUAGGGAGUUAAAGAUAUUAAAUGAAGCUAUUCACAACAAACUCGAGGACACGAAAUACGAAACCAACACCGCUGCCUGUGAAGAGAGGGAAGAAUCUACCCGACUUGCCGUCAUUAGAGUCCGAGUCCUCGACCAUAGGAACGCCGCAUUCGACCUCACCACGGCAAGCCCCAUCAGUCCUGACUCCCCGUCCUUUACCGGUCAACCACAGGCAACCAUUCGCACCAGAUUGCCCGCCUUGGUCCUUGAAUCGUUUGAAGGAGAAAUAGCUAAAUGGCAAUGCUUCUGGGAACAGUUCACAGCAGUCAUUGACGAGGAUCAAAUAUACCGGAUAUUGAGAAGCAUGUCUUCCUUCGAGGAUAUCUUCAAGGCAUACAUCGACUACUUAGAGGGCUUACAACCUUUAAUCUGUCCAACUGCCACCGAAUUGAAUGACCUCUUCGUUGAGUGCAAUAAUAGAGUGCACGCCCUGAAGGCCCUGGGAGAGCCCAUUAGCCACUACAGACGCAUACUAACGCCGAAAAUCCUUCGGGCAUUCCCGGAUUCAUUGUGUGAACGAUGGCUCAUUCAUGUUCGUCAUAAGGGUACCCAUGAAUCUGAUCUGGAACUAUUGCUGAAGUUUGUGCGAGACAAAAUAGACGGUAUCACUACUGCUGCUACUAUCCAUGGAACACAGGACCAAUUUCUGACAAGAGAAGAACCCCAAGCUACCGCAGCCACUCUAGCAGUCCAGACAAGGAAUAAAUCCACGGGAAGAAACACCAAAGGGAGAGGAUCCUCCUAUCCCCCGUGUGCCUUCUGCAACAGUUUCCUCCACUUCAGUUCUGACUGCGCACUCUUAACAAAUCUGAGAAAACGUGCAGAGAAACUGCGCGAGACCAACUGUUGUUUUCUGUGCUUAGGCCAAAACCAUACCACUCACAAUUGUCCCCGAUGUGAACACAAUCAUCACGUUUCGAUAUGUGAGGCAGACCCAAUGCAGACUCACAUGACAGUCGCAGCUAACAGACCGACACCACCUAUGACCCAACCCCCAACAUCUGCUCUGGGGUUUGCUCUCUCAACUAUUAGCACAUCUCAAGCCACAGUGUGUAAAAUCGAUGUGCACUCAGACUUUACAUAUCUACAGACAGCUCGAGUUUGGGUUCAUGGAGCAAAGGGCACUGCAAGACAAGUUAGAUGUGUCUUAGACCCAGGAAGCCAAAGGAGUUUCGUUGGCACCCCCCUCAUUGACUCGCUAGAACUGGUGGUGAUUGGAUAUGAACCGUUGGCAAUUCAAGCCUUUGAGUCAGAUGCUAGUACCUACACAUCACGUCGUCGAGUGCGACUCAGUCUGUCCAGCUAUGUCAGCAGGUUUGCUACAUCCUUAAUAGCUGCAGAAUCUUCAAAUACAUACCUCCCUCAUCCGACAGUAUCACAGUUCGCCUAUCCCGUCAGAGAGAUGCCACCACUAGAACUUGCAGAUCUACAGCAGGAGUCAUGUGAUUUACCCAUUGAAAUACUAAUUGGAUCCGACUUUUAUUGGCGAUUUGUCAAAACAAAAAGCCCUAUUCGCAUAAAUGGCACUCUGACACUAGUCCCAUCGCACUUUGGCUGGAUUUUGAACGGUAAUAGGACUAAUGUCUCGAUUCACCCAGUCCAGGUUAAUAGUAUUACAACCCCUUCGGACCCAAUACUACGAUCAAUGUGGGAUCUGGAUACCCUCGGCAUCCGAGAGUUGGAGGAGAAGUCGUUGAUUGUCCAUGAUGCACAUCUGCUCGACGGCUUCUGUCAAUCUUUCCGGAUCAAGAGAGGAAGGGCAGAGAUCCAUCUGCCCUGGAAGCAGAACAUCCGCCUCACAGAUACAAACCGCACAACUGCUCUGCGCCGUUUUGAGACACUACGUCGCAGAUUCAGCAAAGAUAUAGAGUUCAGCAAUAUGUACACCUGCCACAUGCUCAACUACUUCUCCAACGGUUAUGUGGAACGGUUGAUGAACAAGCAACAUUACAACAGACCUACUACUUGCCACAUCACACAGCAAUCCGAAGUAAACACAACAUUUCCAAAUGGCGUAUCGUAUUUGAUGCUUCUUCUCAUGUGAAAUGGCACCCUGUCCUCAAUGAUGCCUUGGAAGUGGGUCCCAACCUGAUGCCAGACAUCAUAGCGACACUACUUCACUUUCAUUUUCACAAAAGGGCUUUAGUAGGAGACGGCAGUCAAGCCUUCCUCCAGCUAACCUUGCACCCCGACGACCGAGAUGUCACCC